GUGUCGCUGCUGUGGCUGCGCGACGUGUGCGCGUGCGCCAAGUGCGUCGACGCCGACUCGGGCCAGAAGAGCUUCUCGACGUCGGAGCUGCCCGACGCGCCGGCGGUGCAGAGCGCCGAGCUCGCCGCGGACGGGUCGCUGCGGGUGGUCUGGGCGGGCGACACGCACGCGUCGGCGUGGACGCGCCAGGACGUGCAGGGGUGGCGGCGGGACCACGGCGGCGUGCGCACGCCGCACGCGCUUCCGGUGGCGCGCACGUUCUGGGACCGCUCCGCGUACGAGGGCCUGCUGGCGCGCGGCGAGUGCCGGGUGUCGUACCGGGAGUGGACGCAGGACGCGGGGGCGUUCUGGCGGGCGUUCGCGGCGCUGUGCGAGACGGGACUGAUCUUUGUCACUGACGUGCCCGACGGCGAGCAGGAGGUCGAGCACGUGGCGAACCAGAUCGGAAUCCUGCAGCACACCUUCUACGGGUUCACGUGGGACGUCAAGUCCAAGGCGCACGCGGAGAACGUGGCGUACACGAGCCAGUUCCUGUGCCUGCACCAGGACCUCAUGUACAACGUGCCGGUGCCGCGGCUGCAGCUGCUGCACUGCCUGGCCAACAGCUGCGACGGCGGCGAGUCGCUCUUCAGCGACGGCGUGCGCGCCGCCUACGAGCUGCGCCUGGCGCGCCCCGACCUCUACGACGUGCUGACGCAGCCCAUGGUCCACUUCCACUACGACAAGGAGCCCCACCGCUACGAGAUGGUCCGGAGCACCGUGGCCGAGACGGCUGGCGGGCUGACCGAGCUGACGCACUGGUCGCCGCCCUUCCAGGCGCCGUUCAGACGCGAGCCGGCGGGCGGCGCCGCGGAUGAGAAAUACACGCUGGCCAAGUGGAAGCAGGCGGCGGCGGCGUUCCAAGCCAGCCUCGAGGCGCCCGAGAACAUGGUCGAGGCCAAGCUGAAGCCGGGCGAGUGCAUCGUGUUUGACAACUGGCGCGUGCACCACGGCAGGCGAGAGUUUGCCACGGGCCAGGGGUCGCGGUGGCUCAAGGGGACCUAUGUUUCCGACCAGGUUCACAGGGCC